CAGCGGGCUGCCGUUCGUAUUCCCUCAUCAUCCGGUCCCAAGAUUUCCAGGAGAGCGAGUCGAAUGAUUCGCUCUUACGGGAGGGAUAGUAGCAAGGUGGAUGCUGCGGACAAGGAGGAUAAGAAACCCUCGCGGAUUUAUUGCACAUGCCAAAGAGUAAUGAGGCGAUUAAUCUUUCUGCCGUGCUGAACGUUGGUGCAGGUGCAGACAGCUUGCCGAAAAACCCAACAAACGCUAAGGGCCGGGAUUCAUGGAAGAAAGGGGACGAGAAGACGCAACCUGUUGUCUUGCAAGAGGUAGACGAGGCACGCCCGCCACCCCCAUCCAAAACAGUGUUCGAAAAACCAACUCCGUCAUCUAUUCAAUCCUUCACCAGCGAUUUCGUUCCCCUAGUAGCAUCUGCGGUACCUCCCAAGUCUGGAAGCACUGUGCGAUCUAUAUCUUCACUGCGUGCGCCACGCAUUCGUUCCCGAGCAUCUCACGAACCAUCCGUGCGACGUCGUCCCAAUAGAUUUGGCAUAGAUACAGAAUGUGAAGGUGAUGACGAUGGCGGAGAGAGUGAAGCGGUGGCUCUGAAGGAAUGGGCCAAAAGCAAAGGCAUCGCUAUGGAAGUACCCGUCGGGUGGACUCUCACGGAUGGAGCUGCUUCGACUGCAAAUGCACUCCAGGCUCCCCCACCCGCUGAAGAUGCAAAGCGUGAGACGGAUCUGGAGGCGAACCCGGCUGCAUUUGACAAGGCCACACAGUCAACGUUCCGUCCCGCUGUUCCUGCCCUUGUUUCGACUUCCUCAGCAGUGCCACAUGGCACUUUGUCCAGCGCAGCAUCGAAGGCAGCCAGCUCUUCGGCCUCGGGCAUGCCAAUUUCUUCCCGUCCGGAUGGUGGAUCAUUGGGCACGACACCCGCUCCCCCGCACAUAGAGUCAGCCUCCCUUGUACCCCCUGUUCCCCGAUCAAUCCCCAGUUUUCCGAUCUCAAAGUUACCGUUUUCACUAGUGCCCCCAACGUCAUCGCCACCAGUCAGUCCCGAAGCCACCCUCGAAACAACGGAUGCGAAACAAGGAGAAUCGAAGUCUCAAUCAAUGAUGAGAUCGCAUCUGGGCGAAUCUGAGAUCACAUCCACGCCGGAGAAUGAUAAGACACCGAAUAAGACCUCUCUUGCAUCUGCGUCGGAAUCGAUGCCCACGAUUUUCUUAUCACCAAGACCACCUCCUCUUACCCAGACCGCCCCAGACCAUCCAAAGGCAAAUUCUUUCAGCACCUUUGGACCCCUCAGAGGUGUUUCCGCAAGUGGCGUGCCAACCGCCGAGAAGUCUGUCUCUGCAUCCUUGUCCAAUUCGACAUCGACCUCAACGCCAGUGGAGCAAUUGGCUGAGGGGGGAAAGGAAGAGUCUCCCAGGGAACCUGUGGCACCCACUUCGUUCUCAUCGGGCUCGACUGGUGCGACUCCAAGCGUCAGGACCAAAGCAAAUGGAACCUUAGGAUUCAAUCAACCUCCUAGCGAAGCCAACGCGCCUUCAUCCCCCCAGAAAAUGGAAGAUAGGGAGAAAGCCCCAUCCUCUGCCUUUGCAACUUCUUCGUUUGCUUCGGUUGGAAGAUUCUCAUUAAGUAACCCGGAGACGUCAAGCACACCGUCCACGCAGUCAUCACCUCCAUCGAUGGUAAAAACUGCACCUGCUAUCUCCAUGGAAACCUGCUGCAAGUUCUUUCUCAUUCAGGUUGGCUGGUAACUCGCAGCAAACUACUUCUACAUUUGGCUCCAAAAUAUCGGCUCCAACAUCCACUCCAACGGCUGGAAUCACGGCAACCCUGUCGGGGGAUAACACUCUUCACACCGCGUCUACAUCGUCGGCUCCAUCCCCAUUUGCAUUUAGUGUUGCCUCCGCAC